AUGGCCGAAACGCCCGACCUGGCCGAGAUCCACGACUUCCUGGUCGACCUGGCCAGCACGGCGGGCGAGAUGAUCACCAGCGCCCACCCGCUCAUCAACGGCGUCGGCUCCAAGAAGAACAGCUCCGAUCUGGUGACUGAGACCGACCGCGCUGUCGAGGCCGCCGUCUCGGAGGCCCUGCGCACCAAGUACCCUCACUACCAGUGCGUCUCCAACCCUUAUAACCAGCAGCAAACAAACAAGCAGCAACAAGAACAAGCAAUAACUGACCGCAAGAGCACCAGGUUCAUGGGAGAAGAGACGUACGACCCGUCAAAGCCGCUGACGGACGAGCCGACCUUCGUGGUCGAUCCAAUAGACGGCACCGUCAACUUCGUCCACGGCUUCCCCUCGGCCUGCAUCUCGCUCGGCUUUGCCAUCAAGCAGCAGCCUGUCGUGGGAGUCGUCUUCAACCCGUUCACCGGCACGCUCUACAGCGCCGUCAAGGGCCGCGGGGCGUUCAUGAACCGCACUCGCAAACUACCGCUUCGGGGAGGGGAUGUCGAGCCGCUCAUGGGACUGAGCAGUGCCCUGGUGGCCGUGGAAUGGGGCUCGGACCGCUCAGGACCCAACUGGGAGGUCAAGCUGCGUACGUUUGAGAGCCUGGGCAAGUCCAAGGAGCAGGGCGGCGCGAUGGUGCAUUCGAUGCGCAGCAUGGGCUCGGCCGCCUUGAACCUGUGUGCCGUGGCCUCGGGCGUGCUGGAUCUCUACUGGGAGGGCGGCUGCUGGGCCUGGGACGUCUGCGCCGGCUGGGUCAUCCUGGCUGAGGCCGGCGGCAUCAUGGUCGACGGCAACCCGGGCCAGUGGCAGGCAAAGCUCGACUCGAGGCGGUAUCUGGCCGUCAGGGGCUCGCCGGGGGGCCAGGGACAGCGCGAGCUCGUCCAGGAGUUCUGGUCGCACGUCGGCGGUUCUCUCGAGUACUAG